ACGGAAUCAGUCACGCUUUCUGUCCCAUUCGUUGCUGCAGCUCCGAAAAAAAUAUAUUCCGGCCAGAAGGCAGGAGUCGCUACAUAACGGUAUCAGUGAAAAACAACGAUGGCUUUGGAGUCGCGGAUCACGCAGGAGGAGAUAAAGAAGGAGCCGGAGAAGCCCAUCGACAGAGAGAAGACCUGCCCCCUCCUGCUGCGAGUGUUCACCACCAACAGCGGCCGACACCACCGGGUGGAUGAAUUUGCUCGAGGCAACGUUCCGUCCAGCGAACUGCAAAUAUACACAUGGAUGGAUGCUACCCUGAAGGAGCUGACCAGCUUAGUGAAGGAAGUGUAUCCAGAAGCCAGGAAAAAGGGGACCCACUUCAGCUUUGCUAUCGUCUACCCCGAUCCCAGAGGGAAAAUGUACAAGUUGAAAGACAUCGGCAGCACUGUGUCCGGCAGGAAGGGUGCAGAUGACUCCAUGACGUUGCAGUCUCAGCGCUUCCAGAUCGGAGACUAUCUGGAUAUAGCGAUCACGCCGCCCAACAGAGCCCCGCCGCUGAGCGCACGAAUGAGGCCCUUCUGAACACACACAGACCUACAACAAACCUGUUCGUUUUUGUUGUUUUGUUUUACUUUUUAAUCAUCUCUGAUGGUUUUGCCUCAUUUUAUAAAAUGUGAUGUGAAAUAAAGUUGUCUUUUUUUUUUUUUCCAAA